CUAUUCGCUAUAUAAGGAGACUAUGACACAUCCAUGGCGAAGUAUUGCUAUGUCUUAUUCAAGUCGCAUGUAAAAAAAUCUUGGAAGUUACAACUCACAAACUAACGUUGAAUCUAAAACUAUGAAUUUUCGUAUUCUUAUGGUUUCAAGGAGUAUUUUGAGAGAUAUGUUUGCCAAGAACUGCGCUUUAUUUGGUAGCAGAUUUGUGCGUUCUACCGAAACCGGAAAACGUCACAUGAGGUCCGUGGCACAAGCGUUGCGUUACUUCACAUUACGUUAUCGCGUUAUGAAGGACGAUGUUUUGCUCUUUCGUAUUAAAUUUUCAUUAUCUACAAUGGCUGCCAUCAAGGAAGAUGUCCCAUCGACAAGUCCAAGCGAGGAACCUGUAGAAAAAAUAGCAAAAAAAGAAGUUUCAAAAACUUCACUGGAAAAGCAUAUUCGCAGCUUACCGGGGACAGACUCGAGCAGAACAGUGAAUGUUGCAGUUUCUUCUCGAGCUCUAUUUGACCUGGAAGAAGAAAAUGAAAUCUUCGAAAAAAAAGGUCUUGAAGAGUAUAUACAACUGCAAGUAUCCAGGGAAGAUAAAUUCCUGAAGCCUGGCUCUGCUUUUCCCUUCAUCAAGGCCCUUGAAAAUGUCAACGCCAAGCUGAGGGAAAUAGACCCAAACGAAAGAGAAAUCUUCUCCAUAGCUUUGAUGUCACACAACAAUGCAAACGUUGGCAUUCGUCUUCAAAAAUCCAUAGAUCAUUAUGGUCUUAUCGUGACCAGGAUGGCUCUGACAGGAGGAACAAGCCCUGUAGAAUACCUCAAGGCCUUCAACAUUACUCUGUUUCUCACCUCGUAUGAAGAUCAAGUCACCGAAGCUAUACAUCGAGGUACUUCUCUUCAUCGUUUCAUUUUGGGGCCCACGGGUGACGUAAUUGUAGGAACGAGCGACUCUCAAUGUGCCCGGGGCUCGAUCCCAGGACUCGGCGUCAUAUGUUUUCCAGCUGCAGUGAUGUCUCUUCAGCCGAUGAAUAAUCCCAGCGAGACACAGCUGCGCAUCGCUUUUGAUUUGGAUGCUGUUCUGUUUUCUGACGAGUCUGAAAAAGUCUUCAAGGCCAAGGGACUGGACGCUUACAUUGAAUACGAACUACAGAACCGAGAGAUACCGCUGACCGAGGGACCACUCAAGCCAUUUGCUGAAAAAAUCGGUCGAAUGCAGAAAAAGUUUGACCGCUCCAAAAAAGAAUCCUGUCCAAUCAGAACGUACAUAGUAACGUCACGUGACGCCGUCCUCGGACAACGAGCGCUCAAGACAUUGCGUGAGUGGGGACUGGAAAUAGACGAGUGUUUCUUCAUGGCCGGCGCAGCGAAAGACGAGGUCUUGAAAGCUAUCAACCCUCAUAUUUUCUUUGAUGACCAGAUUACGCACGUUGCCCGCGCGCGGGAAAAGGGAACGCCGUCUGGUUACGUCACUCACGGGAUAUCACGUGAGUACGACGCGAAGAAACGAGAGCAGGCAAAAAAGGAUUUGACGAACGCGAAAUAAGAGGAUUUUCGAAAACCACCAGUGCAGUAUCUUGAGGCACUACUUCAAUUGUACCAGGUGACCUUGUCAAAUUCCUUUAGGUAAUAGUUUUUUUUAUAGUAGUAAUUUUAAAAUAGAAUUUCAAAAUUUAAUAGAUUUUUAGUCGAACGAGAUUUUUAUUGUCAAUUUUCGCAUACAAAACGUGAUAGGACGGGGAAGGAAAUUGAAAUACGAUGAAUUUAUCUAUACCUAAUGAGCCACUAGAAUGAUUCUAGGAGCAACUUGUAAAUAUGAUCCAAGGUAAUCAAACCUACACGUACACACGACGUAAUUUUUUCGAAUAAAUAUUUUUAAAAUAGGGUACCAGAUUGCAAACAAUUCGAAAAUAUAUUUAUGAUUUAUUUGAAUGUAAUUUAUUUGAAUGUAAUUUUAGAUACGUAUAUUUUUUACCAUUGCAACAAAAACUCAACGAAUCCCCAUACUUUAUAUACAUAGAUUAUGAAUUUUUUUUAGCGCAAUCAGAAUUUCAAAAUUUAUUUAAUUCAUUGAAUGUAAUAUUGUUAGUUACCAUGGUAACGAAAUGAGAAAAAUUCCAAUAAACUAAAAUCCGCCAAUCGCCAUUAUUCCGAGGUGGAGAAAACAAACGGGUCGAGAUGAAACCGCAGUGCUUUGUGGGGCUGUUUUAAAGGACGAAAUAGACGCCAUAUUGAAAAUAAACGAUCCCACAAUGCAAUGCAAUGCCAACUCGAUCUAGUUUUUUCCUGAACCUCUAUUAUUAUACAUAGAUUAUGAAUAGAUUAUGAGUGUAUUAAGUACGUUAAAAAGAUAAAUUUAAAAAAAUAUUUAA